AUGCAUUACAAACACAAGGUGGUGACUUUCAGUGAUUUGCACAGUUUCAAUCGGCAAGAAGAUUUUAUAUUGAUGUACGUGAGUUACGUUAAACGUAUUGCUAACUGUUGGUACGUUCUAUGCAGGUGCUGCCUGAUUGCGACGAUGAUCACCCUUAUCACCUUGAUCGUUCCCUUUGUCGCCUUAAUGACAGUUUUUAGAUCACUAAGCUCCCAAAACUGUUUUCAAGUGGCCUUGGUCAUAGGAGAUGUGAUUGGCACGGCAAUGAAUUUCCAAAACGCUGGUAGUACUCAUCACACCAUAGCGUUUCUAGGUGUUCCUUUUGCCGAAAACACCGGAGGAGAAAAGCGAUUCGGAAAACCCGAGGCUAAAAAGAGAUGGCAAACAGUGUUCAACGCAACGUACAAGCGGAGCCCCUGCUGCCAAGAACUCACGUCAGGCAAGGAACUAUUUAGGGCCUCGUUAUCUGACACUACCGAGGAUUGCCUUCAUUUGAACAUCUGGGUUCCGACUGAUUGCAUGGAGGGAAUUCAGAGGUAUCCAGUCGUCUUCUGGGUUUAUGGUGGUGGUUUCGAAUAUGGAGGAAACAACUACGACAUCUACGACGGCCGUUAUAUGUCGGGAUUCGGAAAUUUAGUGGUCGUAGUACCCAACUACCGCAUCAAUGCGUUCGGAUUUCUCAACGUUGAGACACAGGAUGUGCCUGGAAACAUGGGAUUUCACGAUGUGAUUUUGGCGUAUCGAUGGGUGUUGGAUCACAUCGGCCGCUUUGGAGGCGACAGAGAAAACAUAGUCCUUGCUGGACAGAGUGCGGGUUCUAUCAUUGCAGGACUCCUUAUGAUGAGCCCCAUAUUACCGCCAUCGUUCUUUUCGAAAGCGUACUUGAUGAGUGGCUCAGUGUUCAUGAAGCUGCAAGAAAAUUCGAAUGAGACUGCACUCGAAAACUUCAAUAAGCUUGCUAAUGAAGCCAACUGUUCGAUGACAACGACGACGGAAACUCUACUUUGA